GUAAAAUGAAGCGAUUUAUGACAUUCAGUUACGCAAUAUGUGCACACGAGCCAAGAAAAAUUACUUGAACUCAUUGUUGCACAAAUACGAGAAAGAUACUGGGAAUUGUGUACGGACAGGAUGCUACAAAUAGCAGUUAUGUACACACAACUAACGACGCCAUUACGGAGAAAACAUGAUCAUCAACUUCAAACUGCUCAGAAUAUUCAUUUAUGUAGGAACGUAUUUACAUUGCAGGCAAAUAAUAAUGCGUGGUGGUGUGUCGUGACCCAGGAAAAAUAAAAUAAAACCAGACUGAAAAUGGCAUCAUUAUGACCGGUAAAAGGAGUAAGGUGUCCACAUAAUUUGAAGAAAUGUGGUUUUGGAAGAGACAAAAAAACUAUUUGCGAGAUGGUGGCAUUACUGUAAAUCAUUGUGUUGGGCAUCCUUUUAGAGAUAAAGGCACAUUUAUUUACUUGAAUCAUCAUUUUGGGGAAGAAAUGCACCACAGCAAAAAUAUAACAUGUGCUUAUCUGAUUCAUAGACAUGUUAUCAACUUGAUUAUUGCAUUUAUUGGAUGUGGAUUUGUACUGUUUCUUUAUAUAAAAUGAAGAAGAGACGACCAUAUUUUUCUAAUGAACUAUGUUACAUGAUACGAAUUGAAGUUGUGAAAUCGGACAAUGUGUAAGAUUCGAACGCCAAAACACAAGUUUUAGUCGUAAUGAUUUAUUUAAUUAAAUGGUGGUGGCGGCGCUGUCCACUCGUUUUCAAGUGACGUCACAUUUUGGACCACCAUUUUUUAUUUCGUCUUUUCAUCUCCAGACUCCAGCACAAUUUUUCACAAAUCAUUUCCGAAAAAUACCUGCUCCAUAUUCAAUUAAAAUUUUAAUUGUGGAAGCAGCACCAUGAUGUCGAAGGCCGAUCAAUCCGUCGCUGGACCUUCUCACGGGGGAAAUAGCAGCCAGGUCAUGGCUGACACCGUCACCACGACCUCCAAAACUAAUUCACAUCAAAAGAGAACGGAACCGGAGGAACAAUUUGAGGUGUAUUUAAGCAGUGACGAAGAGGAUCAAGAGGAAGAGAUUGAGGAGAAGAAAAUGAAAAUAGUUUACACCCUGAUGGAAAUUAGACAUUGGGUUCAAAUAAAGAGAAAAUCCUUCGCACCAAGCACCCAUGCCGUACCGACUUCCGAAGAGGCUCGGAUUGCCAAUCGCAAGUUUCACAACGUUGUCAGCGCGUUGGACGACCUUGUUGAAGUUCUGGACGAGAAUAGACGCCGAGGAUGUCGCCUCUACGAGAUGAGAAGAGCCCAGAGUAAUAAACUAGGAAAAGUCGCAACAGCAACAGAGCCAGAAAUUGUUGAUGACUGCGUUCAGGACGAGGAAAUGUCGACAAUUCCGGCACCGCCAGCCACACCAAGACCGUCAACUCCAACAUUGCCAGUCGCUCCUCCAAGGCCAGUCUCGAACCAAUUUGCAGCUCAGAGAAAAUCAAGGCCGACUGGGGAGCGAAAAUCAAACGACUCUACCAAACUCAAGUCCACCUCUGGCAGAAGCAGAAAUAUGAGUUCCAAAACCAAACGCCACCGUUGCAACAUUUGUCGCAAAAUGUUCUCCUCCAAAGCUGCCCUGACCCUUCACGGUUUCACCCAUCUCACCGAAGAAGAGAAGACCGUGGCGAAGCAGGGUUGGAAACACGUGUGCUUCUUUUGCAAGAAGAGGUUCUCCGCGGAAUCUCGUUAUCAUAUUCACCUGGUCACUCACACGAAGGAAAAAUGCUUUCGUUGCGACCAGUGUGGGAAGCAAUACAGUCGGAACAAUGACUUAACAAGGCACCAGCACACCCAUAGCGCCAACCCAAAACCCUUUAAGUGCGAAGAAUGUGGCAAAGCGUUGUCCUCCAAGAGAUAUUUGCUCAUCCACAAAAAAAUGGUUCAUCAAAAGCUGAAGGACGUCGACUGCCCCCAAUGCCCCAAGAAGUUCAGCACCAAGUCGAAUAUGGUUGUUCAUCUGAACUCUGUUCAUCUCAAAAUUCCGCACCCUUGCCCCCAUUGCAACACGUCAUUCACACGGAAAGAGAGUGUUCGAACACACGUGAAGAAGUUUCAUUAAGAAUCCCAUCCUUCUCUUUCUCUUGCUAAAUGAAAUUGCAUCAAUGGAAUUUUCAACCGUUUUAAAUUAUACAGAUAAUUUACAGAUUUUACAAUUCGAUGAAAUGCAA